UUGCACGCCGUAGAUUUGGCGGGUAUUGCAAAACGUAAACAAAGUUCAGUUGGGUGGUAAAAAAAAAAAAAAUGGAGGAAAGUGGCGAGGUGUCACAGAAAGAGAAUGCAGGUAAUGUUUGUACCGCAGAAAACGAUGAAGGCCAGACAAGCGAAGCUACGGGGGAGGUGGAUGUUUGUAAGCCGUGUGAGGGAGCGGAAGCCCGGCGGAGCAGGCUGAAGCUGUUCAACAAGGUGAUGGAGAAGAGCCUGGCCAAGUUCAUCGACGAUGCUAAUGUCAGCUUUCAGAGCUUCGCCAAAACCUUCCAGCCGUUGUCCAAGAAGAAGCCCCAGGUGAUGGAAAGCAUUCACAAGCAAUUCAUUGAAGACUUGCAGAGGAUUAUACAGGAGGACAUCAACAGAUUAAUAGAGGAGGGUCAGUUACAGUGCAAGUUGGAUGAGCUGGACAAACUGCAGCUUGCUGCCAAGGACAAUCUAGAGCCCUCAUGGCGACCUAGUGGGGUGCCGGAGCAGGACCUGUCUAGCUUUGUGAUGCCCUACUACCAAAAGCAGGAGGCCUACCUGCGACGAGAGCUGAAAAAGAUCCAAGCUGAGAACGCUGCCCUCGCACAGAGGGUACAGGCUGGCAGGGAGGGCGUCGCUCAGACAGAACAACGUAUUGCAGCAGCUGUGGAUGAGUGGAAGGCAUCAGUCAGAGAAUACCAAAGGCUGGCUUCUUCUCUCUGCCCUGCGGACACCUUUGAUGUGUGACCUUAAAAUUCUUUUAUCUGUAUAUGUUUAACUUAACUGUACAUACUGAUGCUGUUUACUAUGCCCGUUAGUCUUAAAAUAAAGCAAAUUAAA